AUGCGGGCAAAGUACAAACGAGACUUAAAGGUUGCGGGUGCAUAUUGGAAAGCUAUGAAAUCAUAUACAGAAGCAAAUUUUGAGGCUAUGAUGCGAUCUCUUGAUGCGAUGAACCUUCAAGCUGGGGCUUAUCUAUGUAAGCACUCUCACCAUGGCUUCUUCUUUUUUCUUCCUCAAUCUAACCCAGAAAUAACUAAAGCAUUAGAAGUAGAAGCCAUUCAUAAACCAGUCCCAAAUAAUAUAGAUAGAAAAGAAAGUUCAGUUGAUUAUGCAGAUGGUGUUUUCUUAACUUGGGAAGAUUUGUGGGUAACUGUUUCCAGUGGGAAAAAAGGCAGCCGAGCCAUUCUCCAGGGUGUUACCGGUUACUCUCGGCCUGGAGAGCUCUUGGCUAUAAUGGGUCCUUCUGGUUGUGGCAAGUCUACUCUUCUUGACGCGUUAGCAGGAAGACUGGGAUCCAACACGAGGCAAACUGGAGACAUUCUAAUCAAUGGGCGUAAACAAGCGCUGGCAUAUGGAGCCUCGGCUUAUGUGACACAAGACGAUACUUUGAUGACAACUCUAACAGUAAGAGAAGCCGUAUACUACUCUGCACAGCUUCAAUUGCCCGACACAAUGUCGAUUUCAGAGAAGAAAGAAAGAGCAGAAAUGACAAUAAGAGAAAUGGGACUGCAAGAUGCCAUGAGCACAAGGAUUGGAGGGUGGGGUGCCAAAGGACUUAGUGGUGGUCAAAAGAGAAGAGUUAGCAUUUGCAUUGAGAUUUUAACUCGCCCUAAGCUUCUUUUUCUUGAUGAACCCACCAGUGGACUCGAUAGUGCAGCUUCGUAUUAUGUAAUGAAUAGCAUUGCCAAACUCGAUCAAAGAGAUGGUGUUGGAAGAACUAUAAUAGCAUCCAUUCAUCAGCCUAGCUUUGAAGUGUUUCAGCUUUUUCACAAUCUUUGCCUUCUGUCUUCGGGUAGAACAGUGUAUUUUGGUCCUGCUUCAGCGGCAAAUGAGUUCUUUGCUUUAAAUGGUUUCCCUUGCCCAAACCUUCAGAACCCAUCCGAUCAUUUUCUGAAAACCAUUAACAAGGAUUUCCAGAAGGAUAUUGAAGAAGGUUUAGGUGAUGGAAUACCCACAGAAGAAGCCAUUGAGAUUCUUAUAAAGUCUUAUAAAUCAUCCGGUAGUUACGAGCAAGUUCGAUGCCAGGUUGCCGAAAUAUGCAGUCAGGAUGGUGGAGUAUUGCAGAAGAAGAGAAGGCAUGCUAGCUUCCUAACUCAAUGCAACGUACUCACAAGAAGAUCUUUUGUGAACAUGUACCGCGAUCUAGGUUACUACUGGUUAAGGCUGGCUGUGUAUGUAGCAUUGGCCAUAGGUCUUGCCACUGUGUUUAAAAAUCUAGGCACAGGUGAGAGCUCAAUUCAGGCGAGGGGGUCACUGCUCAUGUUUGUAGCUUCAUUCUUAACAUUCAUGACAAUUGGAGGAUUCCCUUCCUUUGUAGAAGACAUGAAGGUAUUUGAGCGGGAAAGACUAAACGGGCACUACAGUGUCACUGCAUUUGUUGUUGGCAACACAUUCUCAGCAUUACCAUACUUGGUACUCAUUUCAGUGAUUCCAGGAGCCAUAGUUUAUUACCUUCCAGGACUUCACAAAGGAUACCAACGCUACUUAUACUUCGUUUCUUUACUGUUUGCUUGCAUGAUGUUGGUUGAGAGCCUGAUGAUGAUUGUUGCAAGCCUCGUGCCCAAUUUCUUAAUGGGUAUAAUAACAGGUGCAGGCAUUCAAGGGCUUAUGAUUUUAGGUGGAGGGUUCUUUCGUUUAAGAAAUGAUCUUCCUAAACCAUUUUGGAAGUACCCACUAUACGAAAUUGCUUUUCAUAAAUAUGCUUAUCAAGGAUUGUUCAAAAAUGAGUUUGAAGGUCUCAAGUUUCCAAACAAUCUAAGUGGAGAGCAGAUUUUGAGAGAGCGAUGGCAAUUAGAGAUGGGUUACUCUAAGUGGGUUGAUCUGGCCAUCUUAUUUGGUAUGGUUAUCUUGUAUCGACUUCUAUUCUUGACUAUCAUCAAGACUGUUGAAGGGCUCAAGCCAGUUAUUAAAGCUCUAAUGUCUACGCCUCCUAAACAGUUAAGCCAAAUAAUGGCAAAUCCCAAUGCUACACCUUUGCAAAAAUAGACUGUGUAAGAUAUGUUUGAAACAUUGGCCAAUGGCCAUGCCAUAAAAUAUUUACUAUUGUUAAGAGGUGAGAUAGGAUAAAUCUUACCAGCUUCGCCUUCAGAUCUUAUUGUAUUGGCAUGUUAAUUAAGAUAUGAGGUUAGGUAAAUCCUACCACCAUGAACAGUUUUACUGUUUGUAGGUAAGAUCAUUAAUAUAUAUAUUGACUAUUUUAUCA